AUGGGAGAUUCGCAGGUCCUCGUCCAAGUAAGUGGUGGUGGUGGCGGCGUCAAGUUUGGAGGAACCAAGGAGCUGGACAAAGUUUACGCUGUGAUCGUCGUGAUCGUGAUAUGCUGCUACGUCUCUGCCUUUGCCUGGUCUUGGGGACCCUUGGGCUGGCUCGUUCCCAGCGAGAUUUUCCCACUGGAGACGCGAUCGGCCGGGCAAGCGAUCACGGUGGCAGUUAAUCUCUUCUUCACCUUCGUCAUUGCGCAGGCGUUCCUCAGCAUGAUGUGCCAUAUGAAGUUCGGGAUCUUCCUGUUCUUCGCGGCCUGGGUGGCGAUCAUGUCAGUCUUCGUCUUCUGGUUCAUACCCGAGACCAAGAACGUUCCAAUCGAGGAGAUGAUCGGUGUGUGGAGAAAGCACUGGUUUUGGAGGAGGAUUGUCCCGGACCAAGAUCCUCCGGUUAUCCCAUACAAGCAGGAUGAUGAAAGCAAGAUGGGCAUAGAGAUGACAAACUAA